AUGACUGCUUUCCGUGCUUUCGCACAACACAGCAACGUGGAGGGCGCUUUGUCCCUGACAGCAGCCCAGCAAUCGUUACAACCAACCAGCUCGGAAAUGGUUUCGAAGACGGUUUUACCCACGCUGGAGAUUGAGUUUCCGCAAGGUGCGGCAGUGCGUUUCACAGAAGAUGCUGUGCCAUCCGCCUUGCGCGGCCUUCGAGGUGAAAUUCUUGAACGCAUGAUGGAUGGAACUGCUCGUGUGCGGUUGGAUGGGGGAGCAAUAGUUCAUUCUGUGCGAGAUGCAUUUCUUCGUCCAGAUAUGUGCCAAGGAACAAAACCUGCACCCGAUCGACAACACUAUGUGAACGUCAUGUUAGACGACACGCAGCUGAAAGCACAGGCGUCCAAAGUGCACAAUGCAUUGGAAUCAUGGUCCAAGCAAUCGUCCACCGUGCCCCAUUGGCCGCGGCUGUUUUGGGAAGGUGUGGUGCAAAUGCAAAGCAACGAACCGCUUCACCGAGAUCUAUUGCGUGUACUGCAGGCCCACGGUUAUGUGGGAGAUGCGACGAUAUCCGCGCCGCGGACGGAUGCCCUGUUGAAGCAGUUGAAAGAUCUUGGAACGCCUGCUCCGGCUGCCGGUUCAGCUGUCGAGUUCUUCACAGGCCAGAAGAUCACUCCGUCAGCUGCUGGACUCGGUGACAUUUCAACCUGGCACAGCAAGCUUCCAAGUGAUCAUCAGUACGCAGGCCCAGAAAUUUACAGAUCAGUACUGGCAUCGGGCGUGAGGUGCAUGCGGGACUAUGUUAACCAGUUCUUCCCCAUCGAUUCUCGCACACACAGCAAUGAAUACCUUGAUUUAUUCACACAAGCAUCCACCAUUGAUUUCGCAUUGGCAAAGGCUGCUUCAGAUGAUGAAAUUUUGGCAACCCUGGGCACGAAUGAUCAGUUGGAGAUUCCACUGCGACGAAUUGCUGCCUACGUUCACAAGAAACGAACCGGCGAUGGAGAUGCAGCAAUGCGCAUUCUGGCAGUGCAACCUCCAGGGUCAGGCACGGAUAUUGCGCCUCAUUGGCUUGUGACCGAAGCAUCGGCUUACAGCCAAGCCGAAUACAAGCGACGCGAGAUGGCAAGAGCCCAGAAGGGGCCUGGCCCGAAGGGGGCAGACAAGGGAGCUGGAAAAAGCAAAGGCCGGGGUGGCGCAAAAGGCCACCCGAAGACCAAAGCAGACAAAGCGCAUGUGCCGGGUUGA